UACCAUUUUUUCCUUCACGCGAAACCUGGAACUGACUGCGCUGGUGUACCGGGUCCAUUUAAAUACCUUGAAAAUGCUUUGCAUGCAUUUUGGAUGAUGAAAAAAGGCUCUGGACAGCAUCGGGAACUGGAAGAGGAAAAAAAAAUUUCAAUCGCAAACACUCAUAAACGUGAUUUGCCGCGUUUACAAGCGUUUUGCAUUUGAAACGCUGAUAAAAUCGACUGCUGAACGCAAUUUUUCUGCGUUCAAAAAAAAACGACUGUAAACUCAACUGCCUGUAAAUGACAUAGUGUACAUGGACACAUAGGAAAACAUUAG